AUGCAAGAUAUGACACCUCUCCCACCAGACAGAUGCCGAGAAGCCUUUCCUUUUGAGAAAUCCGGAAUAGAUUACGCGGGUCCACUGUACGUCAAAAAUGGAAGAGAAUUAUCUAAGACAUACGUUUUACUGUUUACCUGUGCUGUAACUAGAGCCGUGCAUUUAGAACUUACGGCUGACCUUUCCACAGAAAAAUUUUUGCUUGCAUUUAGACGGUUCAUAGCGAGAAGAGGUUUGUGCCGAAUAGUGUAUACCGAUAACGCCAAAACCUUUAAAAGAGCGAAAAAAGAAUUAGAGCUAUUGAACGAGGUGAUGAAAAGCAAUAAAGUUCAAGACGAGUUCUCUAAGCAAGGAAUCAAAUGGAAAUUUAUAGUUGAGAGGGCGGCAUGGUGGGGAGGCUUUUGGGAGCGUAUGGUUCAGUCUCUUAAAGCUCUUCUGAAGAGAAUCUUAGGAAAAUCAUCCUUGACAUUCAGGGAAUUAGAGACAGUCAUAACAGAAGUGGAAGCUAUAUUGAACUCCAGACCUUUAACAUUUACAUACUCGGAUCUAGGAGAGCCAGAAUCUUUGACCCCUGGUCACUUCUUAAUAGGAAGACGGUUACUGUCAUUGCCGCAAGGAAGCUCUAAAUUAACUUCAACAAAGGAGAGUCUUACACGUCGAUUUAGACAUCAACAGAUACUGGUAGAAAGAAUCUGGCGAAAAUGGAGGCAGGAUUAUUUGAUGAAUUUAAAAUCUGCUCAUCAUUCCAAACUGGUGAAAACAGGAACCUGUUUGAAGAAAGGAACUAUUGUAUUAGUGCAUGAAGAUAAAAUUCCACGGCUGAUGUGGAAGAUGGGCAUCAUAAUGGAAGUCUUUCCUGGAAGAGAUGGCAAGGUGAGAGCCUGUGCUGUCCGCUUGCCCAAUGGACAUACGAUUAAAAGACCAGUGCAAUUACUAUAUCCGGUGGAGCUGGAAUGUAAUAAGGACAAUUACAGCAAUUGUCCUUCCGGGCGGGAGGAUGUUGCAACUCAACUCUUGCUGAGAUCCAAUGGCUGAGUGACGUCAUCUCGAACUCUGAACUCUCGCUUAGAGAUCACGAGAACUCGGAACUGAGAAGUCGCACGCUGCGUCGUGCGAACAUUUAAACCUUUCAUUAUGUAAAUAUUCUGUAACCGUUUGCGUCUUCAUUAAAUAUGUUUGUGUAAAGAAAGUUUAUCAUUUAUGGAUUAUCCCCUUCAAGAUUUUGCAGGUAUUCCCAGAGAAGAAUUCAUCCACUGGCCCAGACCGAACCCACUGGAACAAGAAAACCGAGUUAAAGAGAUUCAAGAUUACAGCAAAGAAGGAUGUUGGAAGCAUAUACCAGGGAUCUUAAAACCUGGUGAUUUAUUAUCAAGAGGAUGCUAUCCAUUGCAACUCCUAAAAUCCCAAUGGUAGACAGGACCCGAAUUUCUGAAGUAACCUCCAGAAACUUGGCUUUAAAUGAUCCUUACUGAUAUGAAAGAAAUCGUUAAAGAACGACGUCAAACUGUCAUUUCAGCGAAGAAUUCAAUGGUUGAAACUAUUCUAGCUAAACUUGCCUCCAGAUUUCAAAAUAUUCUAUGAUUGUACGAACUAUCGCUUGGAUGUUAAGAUUCCGAUUCGCUUAUAUGAAAAAUAAAAAUCGCCUGGCUAAUAUAUCCGCUGAAGAAUUCAAGAAAGCCGAAAAAAACCUUAUUUUUUCUUAUACAAAAGGAUGCUUUUGAAGAAGAACGAAAAAAGUCUGAUCUGAAAAAUCUUCAGAUUUUCGUUGAUGAAAAUGGAAUUUUAAGAAUGAAAUCUCAAGUUUUAGAUUCUUCAGAUUUGCUGGAAUAUACAUUCCCUAUAUUGCUACCUUUCAAAAAUAUAAUUGUAGAAAGAUUGAUCGAGCAAUUACACUUAGAAUAGAUUAAAUUGGCCACCUUAAGGCCAGUUUACACCUGUCCGUGCAACUCGCAGAGAGCUCCUCGCUACGAGUUCUUUGACAAUGUAAACGCUCACUUCGUCCGAAUGGAAACAUAGGGAACAUGAGUUAACGAAUCUAUUUCUACUUUGAACUAGUUGGAAAUCUAUCCUGGCAGUAACUCCAAAGAGUUUUCGCAGAGACGUUCCUGACCAAUGCUCAGAUGGCGUAUUAACCUAACUAUGGCAUUUUUUAAAGCAAAUGCAUCUUGUAUAUGGUAAAGUAUUAUGGGAUAUUUCACUACCUGAAUAUUAUGAUCAUUUAUUACUAAAACCUAAGUAUAACGUGAAUAUAACUACUGAUCAGAAUGAAUUUAGGUUUUGGAUAUUGUAGAAAAAACAUAGAAGAAAAUUAAGUUACGGUAUCGGAUUCAAAAUAUUUAUUUUAAACAUAUUUAUUUAUGAAUUUUCUUUAAUCAAGAAAACAAUUAAAUUAUAUGUUAUUCAACUACCCAGUAAA